UUUUUAUUCGCAUUCUGCAGUUUCUAGGAACGUGGCUGGUCACGUGGGAUUUCAGUUUUCCGAGAACCCGCCCCGAAUGAACGGAGACGCCAUUUUGUUUCAGUUCGUCUUGGUGAGAUAGUCGGAGAAAUAAUCUUAGCGCAACAAUACUUUAAAGAGUUAAAAUGAGUGGAUGUCGCAUCUUCAUCGGCCGCUUGAGCCCGUCGGCCAGAGAGAAGGACGUGGAGAGGUUUUUCAAAGGAUACGGACGCAUUCGAGACAUCGACCUAAAGAGAGGCUUCGGCUUCGUGGAGUUUGAUGAUCCCAGAGACGCUGAAGAUGCUGUGUAUGAGCUUGAUGGCAAAGAGCUAUGCAAUGAAAGGGUGACCAUUGAGCACGCUCGCGUGCGUCUGCGAGGUGGUCGUGGCCGAGGCGGCGGUGGCGGAGGAGGACGUUUCUCUGAUCGCUAUGGUAGAGGCUCCCAAAACAGUCGAAGGAAUCCUCCACCGAUGCGCACCGAGAACCGUCUGAUUGUAGAGAACUUGUCCUCUCGCGUCAGCUGGCAGGAUCUGAAAGAUUUCAUGAGACAAGCUGGAGAGGUGACAUUCGCAGACGCACACCGUCCCAAGCUCAACGAAGGGGUGGUUGAGUUUGCGUCCCAUAGUGAUUUGAAAAAUGCCCUUGAGAAACUGGCUGGAAAGGAAAUCAAUGGUAGGAAAAUCAAGCUCAUCGAAGCCGCCAAGAAGAGGUCCAGAAGUCGUUCCCGCUCGGAGAGCUCGUCUCGCUCCCGGUCUCGUUCCCGUGGCCGCUCUCAGUCGCGUUCCCCUCGGCGUUCCCGCAGCCCCGCCAAGGCCCAUCACCGCUCUCGCUCCCACAGUGGUUCUCCUGCAGGCGGCACCUCCUCCCCGAGCCCAAAGUCAAAGGAGCCCAACAAGCGCUCCUCCAAGACCAGUAAAUCCGUCACCCCAUCCUCCCCGCCGCCUGCUCAGAGAGCCUCCAACUCCCGCUCACGUUCACGCUCCCGGUCUCGCUCGCGCUCCCGCUCCCCUUCCACUGACAGCCAGCGCUAAAAUGAGGAAUCCAGCUCGUCCCUUCUCUGUUUUAGGUUGUUGUUGUUUUUGUUUGAGGGGGUGGUUUUCUGUGACGCUCUCGAUUAGUUUAACUCCGAUUAAAUAAUCCCCCUGAAUCAGAACGUCUUGUUUUCUACGUCAGUAAAAUAAACAAGUUAUCAGGCUCAACAGCAUCAUUUCCUCCCAGAACAACAAUCAGUUCUUAUAAACGACGUGUUUCAGGAUAUUUAACGCAUCACCCAUCUUACCACAGCUGGGAUCAAAGUAAACACUCAGCCUUUUAUUUCUGUUUUAAGCACCAAAACAACUUUGGCAGCUUCUGUCUCAAGAAUACAAUUACUUUAUUCCAGCAAGCAGCUGUAAGGUGAACACAUUUCAUGAAUGCUAUGCGUUAGGACUUGUAAAAAGAUGCUGUGCAGGAAAUGCAUUUUUUAUUUGACAUGAGUGUACAGCCCUUUGAGUGUUGUGAUGUAAUUCCAAGGAUACUCGGUUGUGUGACUGACGUUUCCGCGGCUCUGACAAGACAAAGGUUUGGAAAACACUUUUUUUUUUUUUUUUUUUUUUGUACGUGAGGAUUUUAUUUUCAGUGAAAAUAGAUGUUUGUAUGGUGUAUAAAACAACUAGACUGAACCAAUAAAUCAGUUUUAACAAAA